CUCGGCUCUCAGUUACCGAGUGAUAAACGCGCUUUACCGACGCCUUGUCAGUCAUGCUGCGCGCUUGACUUGCCGCCGAAAACAAGCUGCCUAAUGCAUCUUAGCUUGCCAAUCCUGCCAUCAACGAAGCACAAAUGUCAGCCGUCACCGCACAAGGAACGGCGCUUUUAUCACAUCUUAGAAAAUGACUGAAGGUCCCCCGUACCAACAUGAGAAGCCGAUGUGUAUCCGCAUAUGGCUGGAGGUGGGGCACGCGUGCGAGCCGCGCCAGUCGGCGUCGGGGCGCGCGCUGUCGCUGGACUGGCGCGUGUGGGUGCGCGGCGCGCGCGGCGACAUCAGCGCCUUCGUCCACAAAGUCGUCUUCGACCUGCACCCACCCAGCGCAUUCGUCUAUCCUAAGAGAGUGCUUCAAGAACCGCCGUAUGAAAUCAAAGAGUCAGGCUGCGCUUCGAUAGAUAUUCCGAUUCACGUGUACCUGAAAUUCUCCCACAAGCCAAAGAAAAUCUGUCUCAGAUACAGUCUACACAUCGAGAACAACAACAAGGCGAGCUCGGAGUCGCGCUGCGUGUACUACGACUUCGAGAACCCUUCGGAGACGCUGUUCGGCGCCCUGAUGAAGGGCGGCGGCGAGCUCAUCGCGCGCACCGGCGGCUUCGACAGCGCGGGCAAGCUCGUCGUGCUGUUCGACGACGAGCUGCGCGCGACCACCAUGAAGCGCUACAAGUUCGUCAAGCCAAUCCGCUGCAAGCACGCCGCCAAGAGACUGGCCAAGCCGUGCACGCUGGACGAGGUCUGCCCCAAGUGUGGAGAGUCCAUAAACGCCGACUUCAGGAAGCAACUACGCGCCGUGGCCAUGACCGAGGACGAGAUAAACCGCGUGUCGCAGUUGUACCUAUCGUAUGGCAGCUACGAGAAGUCUGCGAACGCUCUGAAGCUGCCGCCGCUAUCGGACGCCAUCUACAGCCUGCCCGAACUGCCACCGUCGCUGCGCGGCGCGCUCGCCAGCGUCGAAGCGGACUACGCGAUGCAAUGACAGUGCCGGCAUUAAAGCUUGCACUUUCUUAUUUCUCGUUGGCGUCACGAAAAAAGAGCAUUGACCUUGAAUCGGCUCAGUGGUGGAUUUAUCGAUCUACUUAGUGUUUCAAAGCGAAGUUUGUCACUCAACUUUACGUUUCCCGCGCAGUAUGACAUACUAGUGCCUGCUGGUCGAUUCUGUCUGGAAAAGCUGCAUCAAUCUCGAUCGAUGUGAUUGGCUGAAUUUAUGGCAUUCUUUUUGCGACAAUGAAUUGUAGCCAAUAGUGAGCGAGUGUCGGCCAGUCAGAGGUGAUUGCGAUCACACUCUAGCUCACAGUGUUGCUGUCAAACUACCGCAGCAGGGCGAUACGCCCGCCCCACUAUCGUACAGAUUUCUGUUUACCUGAAACUGACUAUACAGGGUGUAACCAGAACGCUAGCAAAAACGAAGAUAGGUGACAGUAGUGACGAUUGCUGAUAAGAUACCAUGAAAAAAGCUACGAAAAAAAACUGUAUUUUUUUAAAGUUCACAAUAUAUCGCAAAUAAAGCAUCUGACUGACGCCAAAGAUCAACGAACGUUCCGUAAAUAGGUCACUCAAAGUCAAUGCCGCGUCGUAGGUGGGGCUUUGAAUCAGGUUUUGCACGCUAUACAAUACAAGUUUGAAAAAUAUUAAAUCACUUAAACUACAAGAUAAGGCAAAUGGUUAUUGGCAUUGGAUUUUGUUAAGGUAGUAUAAUAAUAACGCUAAUUUUUUGCUAGCGUGCAGGAUACACCCUGUAUUAUGAACGUUGAUAUUACGCUGUGCCAUUACACUUUAAAUUACCUAGAUGCUCGUCUUAUCAUAUAAGCUGUUGUCUAUGUCGUACGAAUUUUAAUAUUAUGUAUAGUGAUAAAAUAUAUUUUAACUAGAAUUUAUUCAUAUACAAUACAUCAUACUUAUUUAUUCAGGUGGGUACUCAGAAAUGUUAUUAUGAAUCUUGUUAUUAAAUGCCAAUUGUUUAUAUUGUAAGUUAUUCUUUGUGUAAGUCUUUUGACUUGGCGGAAAUGUGCUGUGAACAAGAUCUCAAAAGUCAAUUUUGUAUUUAGUCAUAGAAUAGUAUAGAAAUGGGAGCUCAUCUUGGAAUAAUUAGUCCUUAACAUAUUUUCCUAAAUAUAUUUUUAUUACUUAUUGAUGAAAUAAUUAGAAAUAAAGGGAUUUUUAUUCAAGA